GGGAGGGAGGAUGACAGCACCGUGAAGAAAAGCAGGGGACCCUCUGCCGUCCCUCCUCCCGCACGGCAGGACCGGGCGAGCUCGCCCCACGGAGCUACCGCCGGCAGGGCUGGCAAGACAGAGGAUGCCCUAGCCCAGGACACCUUCCCAGCAGACAGGAGAGAUCUGUGUGUGCUCCCCAUGGAGAUCCGACGCGCUUUACCCCAGGAUAUCUGGGAACUACUGCACUUCUUGAAGAUGAGGAGCAAGUACGCCGUCCUACUGGUCUUUGUUGUCAGCCUCGUCAUCAUCGAGAAGGAGAACAACUUCAUCUCCAGGGUGUCAGACAAGCUGAAGCAGUCCCCCCAGGCACUGACAGAGGCCAACAGCACAGAGGUCAGCCUGGCGCCGGCCGAGAACGGCUCACUGGCCUCGCUGCAGGAGCUGGAUGCUGCCUUCUCCCAGCUGAGGUCCCACCUGCACAACCUCACCCUGCAGCUGGCAGGGGAUGGAGACCCCGGGCCGCGGCGGCACGUCCUGCUAAUGGCCACCACCCGCACUGGCUCCUCCUUCGUGGGGGAGUUCUUCAACCAGCAAGGCAGCAUCUUCUACCUCUUUGAGCCCCUCUGGCACGUCGAGAAGACGGUGACCUUCCUGCCGGGGGGAGCCAGUGCCGUGGGCUCAGCCUUGGUUUACCGAGAUGUCCUCAAGCAGCUCCUUCUCUGCGACCUCUACAUCUUGGAGAACUUCAUCUCGCCAGUGCCCGAGGGCCAUCUGACGCCCUUCCUGUUUCGGCGGGGCUCCAGCCGCUCACUCUGCGAGGACCCUGUCUGCACGCCCAGCGCCAAGAAGGUCUUUGAGAAGUACUACUGCAAGAACAGGCGCUGCGGCCCCCUCAACAUCACCCUGGCCGCCGAGGCGUGCCGGCGCAAGCAGCACGUGGCCCUGAAGACGGUGCGCGUCCGCCAGCUGGAGUUUCUGCAGCCACUGGUGGAGGACCCUCGUCUGGACCUCCGCAUCAUCCAGCUGGUGCGGGACCCCCGGGCCGUCCUGGCCUCCCGCAUGGUGGCCUUCUCGGGCAAGUACGAGACCUGGAAGAAGUGGGCAUCCGAAGGGGAGGCUCCCCUGCACGAGGAGGAGGUGCAGCGGCUGCGGGGCAACUGCGAGAGCAUCCGCGCGUCGGCCGAGCUGGGGCUGCGGCGGCCGGGCUGGCUGCGGGGCCGGUACAUGCUGGUGCGCUAUGAGGACGUGGCGCGGGCACCCCUGCCCAAGGCGGAGGAGAUGUACCGCUUCGCCGGGCUGCCCCUCACCCCCCAGGUGGAGGAGUGGAUUGGCAAGAACACGCAGGCGCCCCAUGACGGCAAUGGCGUCUACUCCACGUGCAAGAACUCCUCGGAGCAGUUCGAGAAGUGGCGGUUCAGCAUGCCCUUCAAGCUGGCGCAGGUGGUGCAGGACGCCUGCGCCCCGGCCAUGCAGCUCUUUGGCUACAAGCUGGCCAGCAGCCCCGCCGAGCUGGCCAACCGCUCCUUCAGCCUGCUGGAGGAGGCACAGCCCUCCUGGAUCACGUAACAGCACCGGGGGACGGCGGCGGGGCAGAACGAGGGGCUGCGGCCCUGCUCCCGGCCGGUCCGGAGAUGACCUGGGGGUCACUGCUCCUGAAAAUGCUCCUGGCUGCUGCCACAUGGCAGCCCCAGGAGCUGGAGCAUCCUGGCAGAGCUGACCCCAGAGUCCUGCAGAGCCUGAAUUACACAAUUUUCCCGGGAACGGGGAAAAGGCAAAGGUGAGGGGCAGUGGGUUCGGCACCAGGGCCACCUCCCCAGCCUGGGAGCUGCACCGAGGAAGAGGAGGGUGAGGGCAAGCUGAAGGUGACAGGACCAAGCACCUCUGCAUUGCCACUCCCUGUCCCAGCUGGGACAGGGCAGGGACAAGAUCGCUGUGGUGCCAGCAAAGACACAGACCCCAGAGGCCUUACUGGUUUUGUGCCUUCAUACACUAGCACAGACUGGGAACUGCCCACAGUGCCCUGGAUGGCACUUAGGCUGCAACAAAAUGAGUUGACUUUGUGGUUUGGUGCUCUUCAAACUUGGUUUGGGAGGUUUGGGGUUUUUGCCUUUUUUCCCUGUGUAUUUGCAUACCAGGUGAAUUUAUUUAUUUAUUUUGUGGAAAGGAGGGGGAGGCUGGUCAAAGAGCUAAGCCCAAAAAUCAGAGCAGCACAACAUACCACAAAGAAACAGGGAGACACCCAGAAGGGAAGUCCCAUUUUGGCUGGAGACCAACAUGUGUCCUGCUGUAUGAUCCUGGGAGAGCCCCCAGGGACCGAUGGGCUGUAAACCCCCCAAGCCCCACGCGGGAGCGACUGCAAACUUCGGCAGUGAUGAAAGAUGGUCGGACUUACUUGAUUAAAAACAAAAAUACCAGCACAGAGCUCAAAGCCUCUCCUGUCUCCUUAGCAUUGGUGGGUUUCCCCCGCCCCGGGGGGAGCCCCAGAAAUAUAGGCCAAUAGCACUGGUGGGUGACCAAACCUGGUGGAGGCCCAGGGAGUUUCAGGGUGUUUGCCACAUGCAGACGUUCACCCGGCACUGAGGUACCCCGUCCAAUUCACAUUUCAUUAAUUAAAAUGCCUAUUUUUAGCUCUCUUUGCAGCACAUCCUUUUUCUCCCCCAAGUAUUUUGGGUUACAACAGCCACCUGAGGGAGAAGCCAGGCGUUUCCUUGGAGGAGAGGGGUUGCCUCCACCUAAGACUUGCUGAAGAGCCCGAAGGGCUCCCAGCAGCCACACGUCCCCCCUCCCCAACUAGAGCUGUUGGCCAAAAGCAAAAAUAAAUAAAUAAAAGGAGGCGGCGGCUGGGCACAGCUGGGCUGCGCUUCUGCCGGCCGAGAGGAGCGUGCUGGGGCUCCAGCGACGGGCUGCGGCUGGGCUGAGCUCACAAAAGCUGCGUUUUUGACGC